CUGGCGGCACUGACUGGCAACCCCUGGGCACUGACUGGUGGCACUGACUGGCAGCACUGCUGGGCUGCACUGGUGGGUGGCACUGGUGGGCAGCACUGGUGGGUGGGCACAGGUGGGUGGCACUGGUGGGCACAGGUGGGUGGACACAGGUGGUUGGCACUGCUGGGACACACAGGUGGGUGGCACUGCUGGGCCCAAGUAGAGUGGCACAGGUGGGUGCACUGCUGGGCACAGGUGGGUGCACUGCUGGGCACAGGUGGGUGAUCUGCUGGGCACAGGUGGGCG